UCUGGGCAGAAAAGGAAAAGACUCCUUACGCAGAAAUAAUUCUGGUCGUUAACAAAAGCUUCUCGCCACGGUACCAUCAAAAGUUACAUACAAAAAAAUCCCUCCCUUUCUUCCCACCUUAGGGUUUCUCUGUUUCUUUUAAACUGUGCCAAAAACCUUAACUAGCCGGAUUUUGGAAUUGUUGGUUUUAUAUACUUUUUAACAGUGGAAAAGUUUCUGUUUGGGGGGGUUCCUUCAAUGGAGGAUCUUAAGACAGAGUUGAAACUUGGUGAGUUAAAGAGGGAGAACCUUCGUAAGUCACUUGAGCAAGCCAAUGGUCUAGCGUCUUCAGUUCUGUUGUUUACUUUACAAUGGAAAGAAUUGGAGAGUCAUUUUGAUUCGAUUCAACAGAAAAUUGAGGAAAGGGUUGCUGUUUUUGAGUUGCGAGAAAAAGAGCUUGAAACUACUAUGAGAGUAUCGAGGGAAAGACAAGAAGAGAUUGGUUUGAAAGAAAUUGAAUUAAGUUUGUUGAGUAAAAAGGUUGACGAAUGUAAUGUUGAGCUUACGUUUAAAGAAGAGGAAAUUGAUCGGAAGCGGAAAUUGCUGGAAGAGUGUUCAUCGGAGUUUAAAUCAAAAAAUCAGGAGUUGGAUUUGGUUAGAAAAUGGGUUGAGGAUUGUUCUAAGGAGCUUAGUUUGAAGAACAAGCAAUUGUGUUCUGUGCAAAAGUUGAUAAGUGAAUGUUGUGAGAAGCUAGAAGGGAAGGAGAAACAAUUGAUUUUGGUUGAUGAACAAAUUCGAAAAUCCAGUAAUGGAACUGAUGUGUUGAAAGAGGAGUUGGAAUGUUUGCAAAACUCGAUAAAGGAAUGCUCUAAUCAACUCGAUAUGAAACGGACUGAACUUGUUCAAAGCCAAGAAAUGGUUGAGGACCAGUGCAAACAGCUUAAUGAGAAUGAGAAAAAACUAGAUUCAAUCAAGUCCUUGAUUCAGGAUUAUGAGGAAGAACUUGAAGCCAAAAGGGAAAAAUAUGAAGCACUUGACAAAUCUAUCUGUUUUCAUGCUGCUAAACUUGAUUAUAAGGAGAAGAAAUUGGGGUCGAUCAAUGAAAAAAUUAGGCAUCGCUUGCAAGAGCUUCAUUCAAGAGAUGAUGAACUUGGUUCACUCCAAACAUUGAUUCUAAGGAGAGAAAAACAACUUGAAUCAACAAAGGAGGAGCUCAAAUCAGUUGAAGCAAGGGUGAAACAAUGUUCCAAGGAUAUCGAAUUGAAAAACCAAGAGUUCAAUGCUAUACAAAUGUCCACGGAAGAACUCAGUCAAGAACUCCAUUUGAAAGAGAAAAAACUCAGCUUGGUCCAAAUAUCAAUUGAAGGAUGCUCCAAGCAGCUCGAAGCAAAGGAGGAAGAGCUUACCUCAAUUAAAAACUCAAUCUUGGAGUGCACCAAGGAAUUUGAAUCAAAACAACUGCAGCUUGAAGCAAUACAAAAAUCUCAAGAGGAACUCUCUGGCACGCUUGAGUCAAAAGAAAAGCAACUGGAUUUAGUCGAAAAGGCAUGCGGUGAACGCCUACAGGAGGCUAACAUGAAGGAGAAGCAUCUUGAUUUGCUUAAAAGAUCAUUAGAGGAAGGCUUGGAAAAACUGGAAACAGAAAAGAGGCAAUUUGAAGGUCGUGUCAAGGAGUUUGAACUGAGGGAAAAUCGAUUUGGUUCCGUCCAAAAGGCUUUUGAACAGAGAAGUAAAGAACUCGAAUUGAAAGAGAAGAAACUAUCUAAUGGCCUUCACUCUCAAGUGAGCAGCAAGAAUCCUAGUUCUUUCUUCUCGCAGGCUGUUGGAAUCGCUAACACAGAAUCAGUGAACUCCAUCAUCCCUAAUCAAAUAAAGAUGGAAAAUCCGGAAAAUUUUAUCAUUUGCAGAGCAAGUGAAGCUUUGUCUGCUGAUCUUGUGGUUGGUGCUACAAUGGAUGGAAUGGAUUUGCAGGGGAUCCUCAAUAAGCAUUUAGAUGAGCCAGAUUUGAGAAAGAAUGAAGUUCUGAGUGCUCUUCAAAUGUCACCUGAUCCAGCCAAGUUUGUUCUAGAUCUAAUGCUAUGGAUAUCUUCUCAACAUAAGAAGAAGGGUGGGACAGGAUUCGAAGAAAGUGCUCUGAAGAUUUCUCUCCUUAUGUUGGAGCAACUUUUGCAAGUCUCACCGCAUGUACAACCUAAGGUGAAAGCAGACGCAUUGAAGUUGGCAAGCGAGUGGAAAGCAAGGAUGAAACUGAAUGCAGACAAUUAUAUCGAAAUAUUGGGUUUUUUGCAGUUUAUUGCUGCUUUUGGAUUAGUGUCCUCUUUUAAUAGAGAUGAAAUCUUCAAACUUCUUGGCACUACUGCUCAACACCAGCAGGCUCGAAAUGUAUGCCGGGUCCUUGGACUUACAGAUAUGAUUCCUGGAUUCAUUCAAAGUCUAAUAGAAAGGAAGCAGUAUAUCGAAGCUGUUAGAUUUGUUUGUGCAUUUGAUUGCAAGGAUAAGUGCCAACCAAAACAGCUCUUAACCUUAUUCUUGCAGGAUGUAAACAAGGUGGCUUGUCAACGCUGCAAGAUUGGGAAGAAUUCGCCUGAAGUUCGGCAAAAGGCUACAGAUGAACAGAUUGCUGCUUUGAAAUCCGUAAUUGAAUGCAUUAAAGAUUGUAAGCUUGAAUCGUGUAUGCCAGUUGAGGUCAUUGAGAAUUACAUCGCUGAGCUAGAAAUGCAAAAGAUGAACAUGACAUUUUCUGCACCAGCCCCUGCCCCUGCAGUUGAGCCAAUAGUGAUCCCUUCUGGGCCCUGGAAUCAACCGAGUCCUGUUCUUGCAGCUCAACGGCGGUUUCAGGGUGGGAUUCAUGCUUUCACUCCGGGGACUCAACCACUAGGCCAAUUUCAUGGUGGGAUCUAUGCUUCCACACUGGGGACUCAACCACUGGGGCAGUUUCGCGGUAGGAUCUAUGCUUCCACACCGGGGGCUCAACCGCAAGGGCAGUUUCACGGUGGGAUCUAUGCUACCACACCGGGGGCUCAACCGCAAGGGCUAAGCAAUAAGCGUGCUCGGACUGAUGGACCAGUUAUUAACUCCUAUAGACCUCAAGUAGCAACUGUUAACCCCUAUAUUCGUCCAGCUUCACCGUAUGGGUUAGGCAUUCCACGUAAUCAAGAUAUGGCCCAUUUUGGUCGGCAGCCAAAUUAGAACGUUCAUCUACUUCAAUAUUGCUGAAGAAAACUACCUGAUCCACAACAAGCCCAAGCGUAGAUCCUGUCCAGUAACUUUCCGACAACCUGUACAUAUUUUGUAUAUAUAUAUAUAUGAAGCAGCCCUAACCCGGACCGACAACAGUCAUUUCCGACUGAUCUGAAUCUAAUUAUAACAUUUAUUAAAGGAGUUGAUUCUCAUA